CUGCUAAAGCAAAUAAUUGGACUUCAGAAAGAGUAUUAGAAAUAGUUGGUGGAUUUCUUGAAGGAAUGAUAGCUGUUUGGUAUAAAGAUACUGACUUUCAAAAAGACCUACAUGUUAGACCUUUAGAAAUCUCUCAACAAGAAAUUUUUGAUCAAUUUAUUGAAGAUAAUAAGGAUAUUUGUGCACUUAGUCAAACAAAAAUUGGUCAUACUACUCUUUUUCAACAUCAAAUACCAACUGGAGAUCAUGAACCAAUUAUAA